AUGGACCAGCAAGGCCAGCCAGGCCCUAUGGGCCCUGCCGGCCGUCGUCUGCACAUCGCUCAUCGACGUAGCCCGUCUGAGCUGACUCCGCUGAUGAUGGAGCAACUGGCCAUCGCCCAGCAGAUCGAGGUGUUACAGCAACAGCAGCAGCAGAUCGCUGCGACGCAUCAGCAAUAUGUUAACAUGGGCAUGAUUCAGCCUCAGCAGCACCUUCCCGGCAAUUUCCAGAUGCAGGGACAGAUGUCCAAUGUAUCGCCACACACAAACCAAUUUCAGUUCCCGCAGCAGAUGCCCCAGCAGCAUCUCGCGGUGCCAAUGAAUGCCCCCUCCCAGCCGUCCUCCCACCGCCGCAACCAGUCCGCCCUCCCCAACGUCAUGGGGCCUCCCCCGGCUCCGUCAUCGGGCGCUUCAGGCUUCGGCGAAUACGGCGGACAGCAGGGAAAUCAGAGCAGAGAGAAUGUCAACCCGCGCGGCCGCGGUGGCGGCGGCGCCGGGUCGGGACACACCCGACGACACUCUUUGGCUCUUCCCGAAGCCAAGAAGGCGGCCGAGCUGGCGGAACAGAAGAGAAAGGCUUCUGGCUUCCAGUUCCCGCUUCCUUCUGCUGGCGGAUCCAGCGCCAAUCGUGAUCAGAGCCCCAGCGGCAAUAGCGCCACCGAACAGACACCUUCUACGCGUGGCCGAGGCGGUCAUGGCCGCAGCCAGAGCAUGGCUGUUGGGCGCGGCGGUGGCAACGCCGGUCGUGGUGGUGGGAGCUUCCAGUUCCCAGGCCCACAAGCGUCGAAUGACACCAACAACGGUUCUGGGCAGUCCGACUUCCAGCGACGUGGCAGCCAGGGUCACGGGCGGUCUCAGUCUCGAAACUUCGACGGCAAUUGGAGGCAGCCCCAGAAUCAGCAGCAGCAGCAACAACAACAACAACAACCGCAGGACAAUCAAGCUCAGAACAUGGGCAACUUCAACAUGAAUCAGACCGCCAACGCCGCUCCUUUCCAGCCAGGGCACCGAACGCGUGGCUCUGUGAACCAGUCGAUCGGUUCUAUCGGCAACUUCCAGUAUCCUGGCCAGCCCCAGCUCGUCCAGCUCCCGCAGGGCCAGGUGCUCCUCCCGCAGCAGAUGUUUGGCGGACAAGGCCUCAAUCCCCUGCAAAUUGCCCAUCUGCAAGCUCUCCAGGCUGCUCAGAUGAACGGUGGAGGUAUGGGAGGCCUCGGGGCGAGCCAACACGCGCAGCCGCAGAUGGCUAUGCAACAGCAACAACAACAGCGAAAGACGCUAUUCACUCCUUACCUGCCGCAGGCCACCCUGCCUGCCCUUCUUAGCGACGGACAGCUGGUCGCUGGUAUUCUUCGUGUCAACAAGAAGAACCGAAGUGACGCCUACGUUACCACUACCGAUCUGGAUGCCGACAUCUUCAUCUGUGGUAGCAAGGACAGGAACCGCGCUCUUGAGGGCGACUUGGUCGCUGUCGAGCUCCUCGACGUCGACGAGGUGUGGGGACAGAAGCGCGAAAAGGAAGAAAAGAAGAAGAGGAAGGAUAAUGCUGAUCCCCGCGGCAGCAACAUUGCUGUCAACGAUGCCACGACUCAGCCGGAGACCAGCCAAGGUGAAGGUGGUAUCCGGCGCCGAGGCAGCUUGCGCCAGCGUCCUACGCAGAAGAAGAAUGAUGACGUUGAAGUCGAGGGGCAGAGCUUGCUACUUAUGGAAGAAGAAGAGAUCAACGAUGAGCAGAAGCCAUUGUAUGCUGGCCACAUUGUCGCCGUCAUUGAACGUGUCGCCGGUCAAAUGUUCUCCGGUACGCUUGGACUUCUGCGCCCUAGCAGCCAGGCUACAAAAGAGAAGCAGGAGGCCGAACGGGCAGCUCGCGAAGGCAGCAAUUCUCGUCCUGAACCACAGCGUCAGCAAGAUAAGCCCAAGAUCGUUUGGUUCAAGCCUACCGACAAGCGUGUUCCUUUGAUCGCCAUUCCUACCGAACAGGCCCCCAGAGACUUUGUCGAGAAGCACCAGGAUUACGCCAACCGCAUCUUCGUCGCAUGCAUCAAGCGAUGGCCAAUUACCUCUCUACACCCCUUCGGUACCCUUGUGGAACAGCUAGGCGAGAUGGGCGACCUUAAGGUGGAAACCGAUGCUCUCCUACGGGACAACAACUUUGGUCCUGAUGACUUCUCCGAUGCUGUCAUCAAGAAUGUCGGCUUCGAAGAGUGGUCUGUCGCCAACGACGGCGAGGCCGCUCUAGAGAACCGCCGCGACUUCCGAAGCGAGGAGACGUUCACGAUCGAUCCGAACGGCGCAAAAGAGUUAGAUGAUGCUGUCCACUUCAAGUACUUGGAUGACGGUCGCGUCGAGAUCGGUUUCCAUGUCGCCGAUGUUGCCCACUUCAUCAAGUCGAAUUCGCUUGUGGACCGCGAAGCAAAGAAACGUGGCACGGCCGUUUAUCUCAUGAACCGCACGGUCAACAUGCUACCACCGCGUCUCUCAUCUGAGAUUUGCUGCUUGAGCCCCGGAGAAGAGCGCUACACCGUCAGCGUGGUGUUCAAGGUCGAUCCUAACUCUGGACAUGUAUACGAGGAUGAGACCUGGAUUGGCAAGUCUGUAAUCAAGAGUUCAGGCAAAUUGUCGUACGAGGAGGUUGAUGCCGUUAUCAACGGUAAUGACCUCGAAGUUUCGGCUAGCCGAGCCAAGGACAUCAAGAUGCUCCACCACAUCACCCAGAAAUUCCGACAGGCACGCUUUGGUGAUCGUACUACGGACAUCCCACCUCUGCGGCUCAUGUAUCAACUUGACGAUGAGAACGUCCCCGUUGAGGAAAACAUCUUCGACUCCUCUCCUGCACACGAGUGCAUUGAGGAGCUUAGCCACAAGACGAAUGCUUUCGUGGCCAAGAAGAUUGCCGCUGGCCUUCCGGAGAAGGCUCUUCUUCGUCGACAGCCUUCGCCCAACUCCCGCCGCUUGCAGACAAUUGCCGACCGCAUGAAUGCGAUUGGCUACCCGAUCGAUACUACCAGCAGCGGUACGCUGCAGAACAGCCUGUUCCAAGUGGACGACGACGAUAUCCGGAAGGGUAUGGAGACGCUUGUCAUCAAGUCCAUGAUCCGUGCGAAAUACUUCGUGUCUGGAAAGCUACCAGAAGAUCAGCAUCCCCACUACGCUUUGAACCUGCCGCUCUAUACACACUUUACCAACCCAUCUCGACGAUAUGCCGACAUCAUCGUCCAUCGCCAGCUGGAGGCCGUCCUGUCCAAUGGUGCGACUGACUUCACCGAGGACAUUGAGGUCCUGGCGAAGACUGCAGAGAUGUGCAACACCAAGAAGGACUCUGCUCAUUCGGCACAGGAGCAGAGCGUUCACAUUGAAGCAUGCCGCAAGAUGGACAAGAUGAGGCAGGAUCUAGGUGGCGACCUGAUCAGCGAAGGCAUUGUUCUCUGCGUGUACGAGUCGGCGUUUGAUGUCCUCAUCCCCGAGUUUGGUUUCGAGAAGCGUGUCCACUGCGACCAGCUUCCUCUGAAGAAGGCAGAAUUCGACAAGAACAAGCGCCUCCUCGAGCUCUACUGGGAGAAGGGUGUCCCGUCCUCUGCUUAUAUUCCCGAGGACGAGAGGCCCAAGCACGGUUCAGCGCGUGCCGCUACUGCCGCCGCCGCCGCACGUGACGCCGAAAUUGCUAAGCAGCGUGCGAAGGAGCAGGAGGAGGCCCAGCGAAGGCAAAUGGACACGGGCACGAUGUCGACUGAUGAUGUGGAUGCGUUGUUUGAUGAUGAGGAUGACGACUCGAAUGAUCUGACCGGGGCUAUGGCCGGCGUUUCCUUGAACCCAUCGGGAGCGGACCGCCCGACGCAGAGCAUGCCUCCAUCACCAACCCGAAACGGUCUGGGGUCGGGCCAGGCCCCGCACCGCGUCAAGUCGGACUCGAAGCUCGCUCAGAGCGCCAGUGAAGCCCCAGAAGCCAAGCUCACGAACAAAGAGAAGUAUCUAAGCUGGUUCACCCUGCGAGAGGAGAACGGAGACUAUAUCCAAGACGUGCGGGAGAUGACUCGCGUGCCAAUCAUCCUUAAGACGGAUUUGACGAAGAGCCCGCCGUGCUUGACCAUCCGGUCCCUCAACCCCUACGCUCUCUAA